GGGGCCCUGCCCGCGAGCGGAGCGGGGACAAGAUGAAGUACCAGAAAUACCUGACGGUGCUGCAGAUGGCCAUCGGCGUCACCCCCUCCAACCGCGGCAGCCUGCUGCCGCUCAAGAGGAAGCUGUGGGUAACACCGUCCUCUGAAAAUCCUAAUGGUGCUACUUGUAGUGUCAGCCAAGGAAAGCCUUCUCUGAGACGAAUUAAAGGGCGACUACAUAGAAGCAAAAGCCUUGAUAGUAUCGAUUUCUGUGAGCUCACUAGCACAGCAAUGGAGGAAACAGCUAUAUGGGAACAACACACAGUGACGCUUCACAGGGCUCCUGGAUUUGGAUUUGGAAUUGCUAUAUCUGGUGGAAGAGAUAACCCUCAUUUUCAGAGUGGGGAAACCUCCAUAGUGAUUUCAGAUGUUCUGAAGGGAGGACCAGCUGAAGGACAGCUACAGGAAAAUGACCGUGUUGCAAUGGUUAAUGGAGUUUCAAUGGAUAAUGUUGAGCAUGCUUUUGCUGUUCAACAACUAAGGAAAAGUGGGAAAAAUGCAAAAAUUACCAUUCGAAGGAAGAAGAAAAUUCAGAUACCUGUGAGUCGUCCUGAUCCUGAACCGGUAUCUGAUAAUGAAGAUGAUAGUUAUGAUGAAGAAGUACAUGAUCCAAGAAGUGGCCGUGGUGGUUUAGUUAACAGAAGGAGUGAGAAGAAUUGGGCAAGAGAAAGAAGUGCAAGUAGAGAGAGGAGCUUGUCUCCAAGAUCAGAUAGGCGGUCAGUGGCCUCCAGUCAGCCUGCCAAACCCACCAAAGUCACAUUGGUGAAAUCUCGAAAAAAUGAAGAAUAUGGUCUUCGACUGGCUAGUCAUAUAUUUGUAAAGGAAAUUUCACAAGAUAGUUUGGCAGCAAGAGAUGGUAAUAUCCAAGAAGGUGAUGUUGUCUUGAAGAUAAAUGGUACUGUGACAGAAAACAUGUCAUUGACAGAUGCAAAGACAUUGAUAGAAAGGUCUAAAGGCAAGUUAAAAAUGGUAGUUCAAAGAGAUGAGCGUGCUACUCUAUUGAACGUCCCUGAUCUUUCUGACAGUAUCCAUUCCGCUAAUGCCUCUGAGAGAGAUGACAUUUCAGAAAUUCAGUCAAUAGCAUCAGAUCAUUCCGGUCGCUCACAUGACAGGCCUCCUCGUUGCAGCCGGUCACGAUCUCCUGACCAACAUUCAGAGCCCUCUGAUCAUUCCAGACAUUCUCCCCAACAGCCCAGCAAUGGCAGUCUCCGGAGCAGAGAGGAAGAGAGAAUUUCUAAACCUGGGGCUGUCUCAACUCCUGUAAAGCAUGUAGAUGAUCACACAUCCAAAUCAGUAGAAGAAAUUACAGUUGAAAGAAAUGAGAAACAAACACCCAAUCUUCCAGAACCAAAGCCUGUGUAUGCUCAAGUUGGACAGCCAGAUGUGGAUUUACCUGUCAGUCCUUCUGAUGGUGUUCUACCUAAUUCAACUCAUGAAGAUGGAAUUCUUCGGCCCAGCAUGAAACUGGUAAAAUUCAGAAAAGGAGAUAGUGUGGGUUUGCGGCUAGCUGGUGGAAACGAUGUCGGAAUAUUUGUAGCUGGUGUUCUAGAAGAUAGCCCUGCGGCUAAAGAAGGCCUAGAGGAAGGGGAUCAAAUACUCAGGGUAAACAAUGUAGAUUUCACAAAUAUCAUAAGAGAAGAAGCUGUUCUUUUCCUUCUCGAUCUCCCAAAAGGUGAAGAAGUCACCAUAUUGGCUCAGAAGAAGAAAGAUGUUUAUCGUCGCAUUGUAGAAUCUGAUGUCGGAGAUUCGUUUUAUAUUAGAACCCAUUUUGAAUAUGAAAAGGAAUCUCCCUAUGGACUUAGUUUUAACAAAGGAGAGGUGUUCCGUGUUGUGGAUACCUUAUACAAUGGAAAACUGGGCUCUUGGCUUGCUAUUCGAAUUGGCAAAAAUCAUAAGGAGGUAGAACGAGGCAUCAUCCCUAAUAAGAACAGAGCUGAACAGUUAGCCAGUGUACAGUACACACUUCCAAAAACAGCAGGAGGAGAUCGUGCAGACUUCUGGAGAUUCCGAGGACUUCGUAGCUCCAAGAGAAAUCUUCGAAAAAGCAGAGAAGAUUUGUCAGCUCAGCCAGUUCAGACCAAGUUUCCAGCUUACGAAAGGGUUGUUCUUCGAGAAGCUGGAUUCUUGAGGCCUGUAACCAUCUUUGGACCAAUAGCUGAUGUUGCCCGAGAAAAGUUGGCAAGAGAAGAACCAGAUAUUUAUCAAAUUGCAAAAAGUGAACCACGUGAUGCUGGAACUGACCAACGUAGCUCUGGCAUUAUUCGUCUUCAUACAAUAAAGCAGAUAAUAGAUCAAGACAAACAUGCUUUAUUAGAUGUGACACCAAAUGCAGUUGAUCGUCUUAAUUACGCCCAGUGGUACCCAAUUGUCGUUUUCCUUAAUCCUGAUUCUAAACAAGGUGUAAAAACAAUGAGAAUGAGGUUAUGUCCAGAAUCUCGGAAAAGUGCCAGGAAAUUAUAUGAACGAUCUCAUAAACUUCGUAAAAAUAAUCAUCAUCUUUUUACAACUACAAUUAACUUAAAUUCAAUGAAUGAUGGUUGGUAUGGUGCAUUGAAAGAAGCAAUUCAACAACAACAGAACCAGCUGGUGUGGGUUUCUGAAGGGAAGGCGGAUGGUGCUACAAGUGAUGACCUUGAUUUGCAUGAUGAUCGUCUGUCCUACCUGUCAGCCCCAGGUAGUGAAUAUUCAAUGUAUAGCACGGACAGUAGACACACUUCUGACUAUGAAGACACAGAUACAGAAGGCGGGGCCUACACUGAUCAAGAACUAGAUGAAACUCUUAAUGAUGAGGUGGGGACUCCACCGGAGUCUGCCAUUACACGGUCCUCUGAGCCUGUAAGAGAGGACUCCUCUGGGAUGCAUCAUGAAAACCAAACAUAUCCUCCUUACUCACCACAAGCGCAGCCACAACCUAUUCAUAGAAUAGACUCCCCUGGACUUAAGACAGCCUCUCAACAGAAAGCAGAAGCCUCAUCUCCAGUCCUUUUCCAUUCGCCUGAAAAAAACCCAGCAUCAUCAACCUCUGCAGUUAAUCUUAAUGUAAAUUUAACUCAUGUCAGACUGGAGGAGCCCACCCCAGCUCCUUCUACCUCUUAUUCACCACAAGCUGAUUCUUUAAGAAUACCAAGUACUGAGGCAGCUCACAUUAUGCUAAGAGAUCAAGAACCAUCAUUGUCGUCGCAUGUAGACCCAACAAAGGUAUAUAGAAAGGACCCAUAUCCUGAAGAAGUAAUGAGACAAAAUCAUAUUUUGAAGCAACCAACCAUUGGUCAUCCAGUACAGAGGCCAGACAAAGAGCCAAAUCUGAACUAUGAUCCCCAGCUUCCAUAUGUAGACAAACAAGCCAGCAGAGACCUUGAGCAGCCCACAUACAGAUAUGACACCUCAAGUUAUCCAGACCAGUUUUCUCGAAACUAUGACCAUCGCCUACGGUAUGAAGAUAGAAUUCCUACAUAUGAAGAACAGUGGUCAUAUUAUGAUGACAAACAACCCUACCAGCCUCGGCCUUCUCAUGAUAAUCAUCACCCUCGAGAACUUGACUCCAGACAGCACCCUGAGGAGUCUUCAGAACGAGGCUAUUUCCCACGUUUUGAAGAGCCAGGCCCUCUGUCAUAUGAUAGUAGAUCACGCUAUGAACAGCCACCUAGAACCUCAACCCUACGACAUGAAGAGCAGCCAACCCCUGGAUAUGAGGUGCAUAACAGAUACAGACCAGAAGCACAGCCCUAUUCUUCAGCAGGAUCUAAGUCAUGUGAACCGAAACAGUACUUUGACCAGUACCCACGAAGUUACGAGCAAGUGCCGUCACAAGGAUUUACCUCCAAAGCAGGCCCGUAUGAGCCUCUCCAUGGUGCUGCAGUUCCUCCUCUGAUACCCUCCUCUCAACAUAAGCCAGAAGUUCUGCCCUCAUCUGCCAAACCCCUGCCUCCACCCCCGACUCUAACUGAAGAAGAGGAAGAUCCAGCAAUGAAACCACAGUCUGUGCUCACCAGAGUUAAAAUGUUUGAAAAUAAAAGAUCUGCAUCAUUGGAGAACAAGAAAGAUACAAAUGACAAUGCCAGCUUUAAGCCUCCAGAAGUAGCUUCUAAACCUCCAGGUGCUUCUGCUACUGGUCCUAAAUCUACCCAGAAUCAAUUUAGUGAACAUGACAAAACUCUGUACAGGGUUCCAGAGCCUCAAAAACCUCAAGUGAAGCCUCCUGAAGAUAUUGUUCGGUCAAAUCAUUAUGACCCUGAAGAAGACGAAGAAUAUUACCGAAAACAGCUCUCAUACUUUGACAGAAGAAGUUUCGAGAACAAACCUUCUACCCAUAUGCCUGUCAGCCAUCACUCUGAGCCUGCCAAACCAGUUCAUUCUCAGAAUCAGCCAAAUUUUUCUAAUUAUUCUUCAAAAUUUCUUGGCUCUUACACUAGCUAUGACUACUUGAAAAGGAACAUCAAGUGGGGAAAACCUGAAACUGAUACUGUGGAUAGAUCUUUUGGAGAGAAACGCUAUGACCCAAUCCAGGCUACGCCUCCUCCUCCUCCAUUGCCCUCACAGUACACUCAGUCAGCUCCACCUAUCACCAGCUCUUCUCUCCACAUACAUUCUAGGGCCAUACAAGGUGAAGGUAACUCAGUGUCUUUGGAUUUUCAGAAUUCUUUUGUGUCCAAGCCAGAGCCACCUCCACCUCAGAGUAAGCCAGCCACUUUUAGACCACCAAACCGAGAAGAUGCUUCUCAGACUGCUUUCUAUCCUCAGAAAACUUUCCCAGAGAAAGCUCCAGUUAAUGGGGCCGAACAGACUCAGAAAACAGUCACUCCAGCAUACAACCGAUUUACACCAAAACCAUAUACAAGUUCUGCCCGACCAUUUGAACGCAAGUUUGAAAGUCCAAAAUUCAAUCACAAUCUUCUGCCCAGUGAAGCUGUACAUAAACCUGAUGUGUCUUCAAAAACUCCCACUUCUCCAAAGCCUCUUAUGAAAGUGCAUAGUUCAGCCCAGCCUCCUGAGUUUGACAGUGGAGUUGAAACAUUCUCCAUCCAUACAGAUAAGCCUAAGUAUCAAGUAAAUAAUAUCAGCACAGUACCUAAAGCUAUUCCUGUGAGUCCUUCAGCUGUAGAAGAAGAUGAAGAUGAGGACGGCCAUACUGUUGUGGCCACAGCCCGAGGCAUAUUCAAUAGCAAUGGUGGUGUAUUGAGUUCUAUAGAAACUGGUGUUAGUAUAAUUAUCCCACAAGGAGCCAUUCCUGAAGGAAUUGAGCAAGAAAUCUAUUUCAAGGUCUGCCGAGACAACAGCAUCCUCCCGCCUUUAGAUAAAGAAAAAGGUGAAACUUUGCUGAGCCCCUUAGUGAUGUGUGGGCCCCAUGGCCUCAAAUUCCUGAAGCCUGUGGAGCUACGCUUACCACACUGUGCGUCUAUGACUCCUGACGGUUGGUCUUUUGCUCUAAAAUCAUCCGACUCCUCGUCGGGUGAUCCUAAAACCUGGCAAAACAAGUGUCUUCCUGGAGAUCCGAAUUAUCUUGUUGGAGCAAACUGUGUUUCUGUCUUGAUUGACCACUUUUAAUUUUUAAAAUAUAGGAACUUGAUUAUUAAAUAAUGUGAAGAUGAAUUGAACUUUACUAAAUCUGAAUGGAACCACUCCAUUUGAGUAUUAUAUUUUCUUAGAAUUGAUACUACAAUUGUUAGUAUUCAGCAGUUGUUUGAACUGAUGAAGAUUAGUGAGCAUGCCCCUGAACCAUGGUCAGAAAACAUGCUGCAAGCUGCAUGUUUGUGUUUGAAGAACUGUUGGUGUUGGCUAAAGGUUCAAAGAUAUUUUGCUUUGUAAUGAUUUUUGUACUUUUUUAUGGUCACUGUUUAACUUCACAUACCGAUUUCCGUUAAAAUACCAGCCAGUAAAGGGGUUGCAUUUGAGUUCUGUUCUUUCCAAAGUACGUUCAAACUUUAUUAUGGCCCUGGCCAAGCAUAUACAUCUUAUUUUAUUAUGCAUGAGGUAAUAUGCACACUUCUUAAAAAAUGCACCUGGACUAUAUAACCAGUUUAGUGGAUUUAACAGAAAUGUACAGCAGGGGAGUUUAUUACUUUGGGGGGGGGGUUCAAAUGAAGACAAUUACUUAUUGUAUAUGAAAACACAUUUUUCUUAGGGAAGGACACCAAAGCAUGUGAGACUGGUUCCAUGGCCUCUCUGGAUCUAUAAAUUAACCAUAUCACCACAGUCAUACUAACCGACAGGAAUGCCUUACCCUCAUGUUUUUAAUUCUUAGAUCAUUCUCAUUGUGUAUUACUAAGUUUUAUGGGUUUUGUGCAUAUCUAGAUACUGUAUCAUGACAAAGAUUGAGUAAAUUGUGGAUUUGAUGGCUGGCUUCAGAAAUGUGUAAUCACCCAGAAGAAAAUAAUGGUGUGAUUUAAGGAUUUCCUUUUUUUUUUUUUUUUUUUUUUUUUGACAAGAGGCAGUGGUGGUUUUGUUCUUUUUGGCUAUGCAUUUGAAGAUUUUUGAUGUUUUAAGGAUGCUUGUACAUAAUGCGUGCAUACCACUUUUGUUCUUGGUUUGUAAAUUAACUUUUAUAAACUCUACCUUUUUAUACAUAAACAAAACCAGGUUUCUAAAGGCUACCUUUGUAUUCUCUCCUGUACCUCUUGAGCCUUGAACUUUGACCUCUGCAGCAAUAAGGCAGCAUUUCUACACACACAAGGUCAUUUUUUAAGAAAAGAAUGCACAGAGUUGUUACAUUUUUAAGUGCUGCAUUUAAAAGAUACAGUUACUCUAGUUUGAUUAAAUUCUUGCAAAGUAUCCCUACUGUAAUUUGUGAUACAAUGCUGUGCCCUAAAGUGUAUUUUUUUACUAAUAGACAAUUUAUUAUGGCACAUCAGCACGAUCUCUGUUUAGAUAACACACCACUACAUUCUGUUAAUAAUCAUUAGGUGUGACUGGAUUUCUUUUGUGGUUAUUAAAAAUCUCAAAUUUCUAAACCUGCAGAAUAAAACUUUUUAAAAUAAA